AUGGGUACGAUCGGGAUCCCAGUCAAGCUCAUUCACGAGGCGGUGGGCCACGUCAUCACCGUCGAGCUCAAGGGCGGAGCUUCCUACCGAGGCACUCUCUACGAUGCCGAGGACAACUUCAACAUUGCCAUGAAGGACAUCACCGUCACAGCGCCCGAUGGCAAGCAGUCGCAUCUCGAAAACGUCUACAUCCGGGGCAAUAUGCUGCGCUUCAUCAUCGUGCCAGACAUGCUGCAGCAGGCGCCUAUGUUCAAGCGCAUCGGUCCGAAUGCGAUGAAGGGCAGAGGUAUCGGAAGUGCCCGUGGGCGAGCGACGAUUCUCAGAGCGCAAGCGCGGCGUGGACGAGGAGGUUCGACAAGCGCGAAUGGCGCAGGCGCUCCUCCUGUUCGCAGAUGA